GGCACUUGUCCUACUCAUAAAACCCAGAUUGACGUGGAAAACGAAAUGACGUUUUCCUUCCUUUGUGCUGUUAAUCGGCCGCGAUACUGUAGCGCUGCCGUCGAUGUCUCUUCAUUCGGAAGGUAGACAAAACUGUCGGCUGCAAGACCCCGGCAGACGCCACACGGAUUUAGAGAAGUGCACCGCAGGAUUUGGCUUGUCUUUCUUAUCCCAUGAAACCUUUUCAGAGAACGGUGUCUCCGCAAACUUUCUGACCCCGUUCAAUGAAUUCUCUCGUUUCGCUAGCAGCUGCAUCUGACAGUGUGGACGUGUGGGUGCCCACCCAGACAACACGCCUCUGCGCAGUCCACCCUCCAACUCUUUCCACUAUCUGCAAGUUAGUUACAAUCCACUACCUUUCCUUUUCUGGAUCAACUAGAAGCGCGCAAACAACGCCGCGUUUCCCUCCGCGAACACUUGCGUGUCAGUGCAUUUUUCAGCGACUUGCGUGCUCGAUUUUUCCCGUGCUGGGCUUGGGAGUUUCCUCUUGCCUUGCAAGGGUGUGACGGAAUUCCGGGAAUUCACCGAUCCGCUGAACAGCGAGCGUUUCCGCAUGGUGCGACCACUAGGUGUAUGUAGCGAAGGGUUGCAUUUCUUGUCUGAAAAAGGAAAUUUUCUUGGCAAUUGUGGACGUUGCACAAGUCUCUGACCAGCGAAUCCGCCCUUUCCCCGAACGCGGCGCCCGCUGCUGGUUGCGUACCCGGGCAACGACAGAGUGCGUAGAUGAGGAUUUUCGAGGGUCUGCCUCACGGGAUUCGAAACUUCUUUAGACUCGGCUCCUACGGGCGAAAGGCUUUCACGUAGAUGUGCUUUUCUGUCAGCAACGACCUACCUACACAAGUUGUCUUUGGGGAAAGGCAUCCAAGAUGCAACACAAACCUGUGGAUGCUGCUGUUACCGGCAGUCAAACUGUCUCUCCCGACGCUUCUCGAAGUCACUCGAUGGAGGACUUCGUCCUCCUCGACGAACAGGAAAUGGCCAGCGGUUACGUCGUGAAAUUCCAGAGUCUCUGCAGCCAAAGCGAGCUCUCUGUGAGUAUCCACGAACGUGUGACAGCGCGUUUGGAGACCAAGCGAAAGCGGCUGUCUAGACAGUCAUCGCUUGUCGAGCGCGAGAAACGCGCGCGCGAACGCCAUGAGGAGCACCUGCGCCGACGCCGCGUGAUCGCGAGAAAGUUUCUUGAACGCCGCGUUGCGGUCGUGGAGCGGAUCCGAAAGACCGAGGAAGAACGGGCAAAGAGUUUGGAACUCCGCGUAAAUCGCCUCGACAAGCGUGCGCUCGACUUCCUUGAAAACUCGACCCCAGGCCUCGAAACCGAAGAGGAAUGUGGCGGAGAUUCGUUUUCUCUCGAUGUCGAUCCCGUUGCUCUCCACCAGAGACGAGCGGAAGAAAACCUCGCAAACAGAAUCGAGGGCAUUCAGGCGAAUUUGCAGAAGAAAAUGCAGAGCGCAGAAGAGCGCAGAAACCAGCUGCGAGCACAGGAGAAGGAGCGUCUCGCGAAGGCUCUUCAACAAAUCGAGAAAGUUCAGGGUAAAAACAGACUGGAAGAAGAAGAGAAAUCCAUAAGACUCCAGGAGAAGUUGGAAGAAGCUGAGAAGCGCCGCAAGCAGCUUCUGGAAGAAGAAUCGACGCGACGCAAACAAAAAUGGGAGGAGAAGCGUGAAAUCAUCUUGGCGCGCGAGAUGGAGAUGGAGGAAAAGAAAAAGUCGCUCGAGGAACGCGUGGAGCUGGCGAUCGAGAGAAAACACAAAAUCAUCGAAGAGACGAAGCUGACUCUCCAAAAAAAAAUCACAGAAGCCGAAGAACAAGUCAGCAGAAAUCGGACGGAGAUGGAGCGUCGGCUGCAGGAGUUGGCGGAGAAGAUGUCGCAGAAGCAAGAAAAGGCCGAGCAGCUGCGCGAAACGUUGAUGAAGAAGAAAAAGAGUGCAAGUCCGUCGGCCACUCUCCGGACGCUGCAGGCCGAGACUUCCCCGUUUUCCUGCGACGACCGACAAGACCUGGCGACGUCGGAGACUGGCACUGCUCUCGAAGAAGAAGUUACGGUCAACUGAGGCAAGCGGAGCAGUCGGAAUCCCGCUCGUGGUGUUGUACGUUUCUACUCACUCGCACGCGUGGAGCUGCAUGCACAGGGGUAUGAAGAAGAGGCGAGAGCCGCGUCGUUGUCGCGCGCGCCAGAAUGCACCCGGUGUGGAGGGAGAGAGCGUCGAGAGAGAGUGUGUGGCUGGGGACUUUCUGUUCUUUUCUUGUGACGAGAGGAAGUCUCCCUUCUUUUUCAGCGGAGGCGGUUGUCCCGAGUCGGCAGUCUUCGACUGGGAGAUGUAAGUAAGAGUGAGUCUGUGUCUUCACUGCUGUGUGCGUUGAAUGUUCGGCGCUGCUUCCUGUGUGUUUCUUUCUGCGUCUCUGGAAAUCAGUUCACAGAAAAGGGGGAAGAGUCUCUCCAAUAGAGUCCACGUACGUACGCUUGAGAGUACGUUUUCGCUUUGACACAAAGAGAAAGACUUUCGCACAUUGUCAAGAACAUGCUUCUUUC